AUGAACACCGUUCGAGGAGUGAUCUCCGAUGAUGACCUUCUAAACCUGACUGAAGAAGAGCUCCUCGAAGGAUGGAAGGAGCAGAACGUAACCCAGGUGCAAAGAAUUAAGAUCAAGCGCGAGAACAAAGAAAUUCCGACAAAAUUUUUGAUCAUCACUUUUGCUUCAACUGUCCUGCCAGAGUCCCUUGAAACUGGGUAUACAAAAACAAGAAUCAGGCCCUACAUCCCCAAUCCACGUAGGUGUUUUAAGUGCCAACGUUUCGGCCAUGGUUCGCAGAGUUGCAGAGGCCGACUGACCUGUGCCAAAUGCGGGAACCACGAACACUCCUCCGACACCUGUGACAAUCCGCUCCACUGUCCAAACUGUGAAGGUGAGCACGCGGCAUACUCUAGAGCCUCUCCUACAUGGAAAAAGGAAAAAGAUAUAAUCACGCUGAAAUACAAAGAAAAUAUCUCGUUCAGGGAAGCACGAAGGCGGUGUUCGCCUUUCUAUGGCACAUUCUAUGCUGAUGCGGCGCGUCGGGGGGCAGCGCCGCAGCGGCCUCCGCCACAAGUCCAGCUCGCGCGCAGCGAGCCGUUUGUGGCUCCUGCCCCCGUGGUGGAAGCAGUUACCUCUGCUCCACCCACCCCGCAAGAAAGUCCCGCUACCCUAGGGUCGCUGGCACCAACACAACCACCGGCGAGAGCCUGCGCUACGCGAACCGAACACGCAGGACCGUCACGACCCGUCACGGUGGGCGCAGCCAAGGCAGCCUCACUCUCUCCGGUCCCAGCUGGCGCUGUCGACGAACAGCGCAGCCUGGACCCGAAGACUGUCCCAUCUACCUCCGGGCUGGUGGGCUCAAAAAUCUCGUCUUCUGUGGCGAGACUUUCACGGGAAACCUCCCGCUCGUACGAGCGCUCGUCCGGCGCCUCGCAGGAGGCAAUGGACACUACACCUAUCCUAACGGCGCAUCAAGCGCCCAAGGAGCGGCGAGCGUCCCUCGACCGCUCCAAAAAAGAUAAGACUCGCGUCACAGGGCCAGGAAAGGGCCCUGCAAUCUAA